CAGUUACUCCAAGCACGAAUGUUAUAGAUAAACAGAAUGAGGAGCACCAAGCUGAAAGAGAUUUUCAAAAUAAAUUGGAUUCUGCAUCUACAGCACUGAAAAACAAGAUACGUGAUGAUAAAAUUAGCAAAUAUACUAAUCUAGUUUCAGAAGAAAGUGCAGAUAGUAAGACAAAAAAGAGUGAAGGAAAGAAACGGUCCCAAGGGGAUCAUACCAAGUCCGCUAGCACCUCUGAAGCAACUAUUACUCAAAAUCAACCAAUGCCUGGAAUAAAAAAAAUUAUUUUGUCUACCAAAUUCUCUGAAGAUAUCUUGGAUUUGUAUAAGAGAACUAGUUCUGAAAUAGAGAAAAUUAGAGCAUCUAGACGUGCUCUUAUUCUGCCUUCUCGCAAUUUUUGCUCGAAGCCAGAAAGCAGGUAA